GAGUCCCUACUCUGAGAAGCAAUUAUGUAUUUCCACAAUCAAAUGAUCCUUGGUGUUUACACUUCAUUCACUUUGAACUAAAAGUAUUUUGUUGACUAACUAACUGGUCGAAAGACAGCUGAUUUCAACUGGGACAGCCCUGCCCUUGACUUGCAUGGUCAUUUGUUAACUAUAAGUCAAGAGGAGGUAGAAGGGGACUGGUGUGUACUGGCCUAGGAAGAUAAGCAUUACAAAGCCGAACACUCCCAAAUUGCCUGCAUAUGACGAGCUUAUUCACGGUCCUGGAGACGUCACAGUCUCCGGAGUGUCAGAAAUUAUUCUGCCGUGUUCGGUGUGGCUCUAUUCUCCAUCACACACAUAUAGGGUAAAAAUGGACCAAGACAGAGAGAACAUCGCUGAGAUGAUAGCAAGAUUUAUUGCAGAAGUGUCUGACCUUGAGAAGAACCAGGAGGUGCUGUCGGCUGGUAAUCUGUAUACAUCCAUCGAGGAGUUUGCCUCGGUCAUCCCAAACCACCUGCUUUUGGGCUCACUUCUGGAGCAUCUGUGCUUCGUCUACGAGAGCGACCCCAUACGCUCUCGCAUGCUCUUCAAAGUCAUCGGCCAGCGUUUAACCACCAUGAACCUCGUCUCACCAUUGGCCGUCAGCGAUGAGUUCAGCACCGUCAGACUCCAACACAACCGGGCCUUCACUGAGCUGCUCCACGCCGCUAGCUCCUCCCUAUUCCCUCAGAGUCAGCAGCUUCUAAGUGCAGACGCACUUGUCCUCCCUGCAAGGCUGAAAGAGGGUUUAUUUCAGGCACAGACGUCACGCUACCUCAGCGAGUUUGAAGAAAUUGGUAGACUGGGAAAAGGAGCAUAUGGCAAGGUUUUCAAGGUCAUAAACAAGCUAGACGGUCAGAGUUACGCCGUGAAGAAGAUUCUCAUCAAGAACGUCUCAAGGAAUGACUGCAUGAAGGUGCUAAGAGAGGUCAAAAUGCUGUCGAGCCUGCAGCAUGUCUGCGUGGUGGGCUACCACACGGCUUGGAUGGAGCACGUCCAGCCCCCAGCUUACCCCAAUUCUCAUCUGCCUGCGCUGGAAUCCCCUGCUCCACAGUUUAGCGGCGACGAAAGCCCGGGCUGCAGCAGCAACGGGUCCUCCAUCGUCUUCCAGAGCGGCAGCUGGGUCCAGUCGGACCCCGCUUCGCGGGGCAAGGACGCUCCCGGGACGCUCCCACCCAUCACAGCCCUGCUCCCCUCCUCCUCCUCGUGUCCCAAGCUGGUGCGGCGCCUCCCGGAGAGCUACGUGCCGUGCGUUUUCCUGGGUCAGAAGGCAGCGGCGGCGGUGGCGGCUAAGGCCUGCCCCGCGCUGGCCUGGGACGGCUCGGCUCUGGAGAGGGAUGAUUGGUCGGGCUCCAGUGGGACGGACCGCCAGCCGGAGCCCGGCGUGGACCCGGCGGGGCAGCAGCCUGACGAUAAGAUAUGGCUCAAGGAGGUACAGUUCCACCUGAUGCUCUACAUACAGAUGCAGCUCUGUGAGCGAUCCCUGAAGGACUGGAUAUCGGAAAGGAAUUCUCGGCCUUCAGAGGAGCUCUCCUCAAAAUGUCCCUAUGCCUUGGUGGAUGUGGAACACACACUCUGCUUGCUUCGGAAAACACUGGAAGGUGUGGAAUACAUUCACUCCAAGGGAAUGAUGCACAGAGACCUCAAGUCUGACAUGUACAGCAUAGGUGUGUUGGCCCUGGAGCUGUUACAACCCUUUGGGACAGAGAUGGAGCGAGUGCGCACCCUGGAGAACCUUCGAGAAGGAAGUCCAGCAACUCUCUCAAUUCCACCGAAUAUCUUCCUUCAUGGUCAAGACAGUCAAGUCAGGAUUGGAGACUUUGGUCUGGCCUGCAAGGAUAUAUUGGUGAAUGAUCAGGAUCCAUUGCCGUCUGCCUCCAACAUUAAUGGUUCUCAGCAUACAGCAGGUGUGGGCACAUUUGUGUACGCUGCCCCAGAGCAACUAGAGGGCUCUUACUACGAUUCAAAGUCGGACAUGUACAGCAUAGGUGUGUUGGCCCUGGAGCUGUUUCAACCCUUUGGGACAGAGAUGGAGCGAGUGCGCACCCUGGAGAACCUUCGAGAAGGAACAGUCCCCGACUCCUUCAGCUAUCGGUGGCCAAUCCUGGCCAAGUACGUCACGCAGCUAACCAGCAAGGACCCUGGCGUCCGGCCCACCGCCAGCCAGCUCCUGCAAAGCGAACUCUUCAACAGUAAAGACGUGGUGAUACAUGGGCUUCAACGGCGGGUGGAGGAGCAGAAAGAGGAGAUCAGUGUGCUCCGGAGACAAAUCAGUGCGCUCCAGAUCUCACAAAGCUCUCCUGGUGGUUCUGACAAUAACACUGGACAUUGAGAAACAACCUUGACUCAACAGACAAUUCAAAGUAUAUUUAUUUAUGGCUCAACAUGUUCAGCUACCUGGACCUUGCAUUCAUUCAGAAUUGGUGGUGAAAAACACCCUACAUGACUGUGUGUGUGUGUGUGUGUGUGUGUGUGUGUGUGUGUGUGUGUGUGUGUGUGUGUGUGUGUGUGUGUGUGUGUGUGUGUGUGUGUGUGUGUGUGUGUGUGUGUGUGUGUGUGUGUGUGUGUGUGUGUGUGGGGAAAAUGCUUAAUCUUACCUAGUAAGAUAGGUAUAAUGGUUUUAGCUUUAUAAUAAAACCCUUAUCCAAUUCUCAUGUGGUGUUGUUGGGGGGGAAAGUAGCCAAAUGAAUGUAUGCAUGUCGUAAAGAAAGAUAUAACGCAGUGAUAGCAAUUCAUAUGAUGGUGAUGGGGCAUAAUCUCAAGGAAUGUUGUGUAUAAGUGGCUGGAUUCUUGUGUGCUUACAAAGUGAAUAAUCAAAAUUAAGAAUUUUAUUUUUGAAGAUCAAUACUUCCUAAUAUGUAUAGUUUGUAUGUUUUUUCACGAGAUUAUACAUGGGGAGAUCUGGCGACUGGAUACAUCAGUCAAGUCCAGUGAGGGAUGUAUUCUUCUGCAUACGCCUGUAAUGAAUAAAAUAACCCGAAAUGUGUUUUACAUAA